GAAGGGCUUUUCCUGGAGAAGAAGAAAACUUACGAGUGUUCCGUAGAAAACACGAGAUCGGAGGAACUCACGUUGAUUCUCUCCGGCAAAGAUCCCAAUUGUGUCGGAGAAUUUUAUUUUCCGGCGAUGGAUGUGAUAAAGACGCAGCAGAUAUCGGGGAGGACGAUCGAGAAGGUGAUCGUUCACCCACUCGUCUUGCUCAGCAUCGUCGACCACUACAACCGCGUCGCAAAGGACUCGCGCAAGCGCGUGGUCGGCGUCUUGCUCGGUACCAGCUUCCGCGGCACCGUCGACGUUACAAAUAGCUACGCAGUUCCCUUUGAGGAGGAUGACAAAGACCCAAGCAUUUGGUUCCUCGAUCACAACUACCAUGAGUCGAUGUUCCAUAUGUUCAAGAGAAUCAAUGCCAAGGAACAUGUUGUGGGUUGGUACAGCACAGGUCCUAAACUUCGAGAGAAUGAUUUGGAUGUCCAUGCAUUGUUUAACAACUAUGUUCCAAAUCCAGUGUUGGUCAUAAUUGAUGUCCAACCUAAAGAACUCGGGAUACCCACGAAAGCAUACUAUGCUGUUGAAGAGGUGAAGGAGAAUGCUACCCAGAAAAGCCAGAAAGUUUUCAUCCAUGUGCCUACAGAGAUUGCUGCUCACGAAGUUGAGGAAAUCGGUGUCGAGCAUUUGCUCCGGGAUGUAAAAGACACAACAAUCAGCACCCUUGCAACUGAGGUCACUGCAAAACUUACUGCUCUGAAGGGGCUGGAUGCACGUCUUCGGGAGAUCAGGAGUUACCUUGACCUUGUUAUCGAAGGAAAACUCCCACUAAACCACGAGAUUUUAUACCAUCUGCAGGACAUUUUCAACUUGCUUCCUAACCUUAACGUGAACGAGUUGGUUAAGGCUUUCGCAGUGAAAACAAAUGACAUGAUGUUGGUUAUCUACCUUUCUUCGCUCAUCCGGAGUGUGAUCGCGCUCCACAAUUUGAUCAACAACAAGUUGCUGAACAAGGAGCAUGAAAAAGCCGAGGACUCGAAGCCUGUAGCCGUACCCGCGACAAGUGGGAGCUAAACAGUCGGAUGUUCAGAUCCCCGGGUGUGUCCAGUCCAGUUACUCGUCCAUCGUGACGCCUUGCCAGUUGCGACAGCAAGUGGGGGCAAAACAAAAUAGACAUCAUGGCCGGGUUAGGGUUCUGUCCCUUUGGGGACCAUCGGUUAUCGAUUUAUCCAUUGUUUUACGUCUUUCUUACCUCCAUUUGGUCUCGUCGUUAUGAUCGAGAAUUCAAUGGGGAAAAAAAAAUAGUAGAAGAUGGUAGAGUGAGAAAGGGUUGGAUAUUUACAGCUUUGUAAAAUUAUGAUCGCUAAGUUUUUUAUUUUAGUUUUCAGGUUGAUUGAGAUUUCA